AACCAUUAUUGCUCUCUACUUCUGCUCUAUUCUCUCUCAUUCACUAUACACAUUACACAAUUUUGUCAUAUUGUCUUAAAAUUCCCAUCUUGCUCUCUGUCUCCCUUCGUAGGUUGCAGUUUGAUAAAAAAAAAAAAAAAAAAAUCUCUUUUCCUGUGUAACUUUUCUUUGUACAUAUCAACAACAAGGUUUCCAUGGCUACCAACAAAUUUGCAACCAUGUUGCUUACAAAUACCAAUAAAAUCACCCUGGUUCUUGUCUAUGCAAUCCUUGAAUGGAUUCUGAUUUUCCUCCUCCUUCUAAAUUCCUUCUUUUCCUAUCUGAUCAUGAAGUUUGUGAUUUACUUUGGCCUUAAAAGGCCCUGCAUAUGGUGCACAAGGAUUGAUCGCAUCAUAGAGCCUGAAAAUAACAAGGGCUCUUGCAGGGAUCUUGUGUGUGAAGCUCAUGCUUUUGAGAUUUCCAAACUGGAUUUCUGCUUGAAUCAUAGGAAACUGGCUGAAUCAGAAACUAUGUGUGAGGAUUGCUCAUCUUCAUGUCACCAAAAUUUUGUGGACUUGUCUCAGAGCUUUGGCUUCUUUUCAUGGAUGCAGCAAAAGGGUAUGAUACAUGAUGCUGAUGAUAAUAACAAGGUGCUUGAGACUGGGGUGGAGCCUUUGAAGUGUUCUUGCUGUGGUGUCAACUUUGUUAGAGACAAGCCUUCUUUGAGGGUUUUGGAUUAUUCCCAGAAACAGAAUUCGAUCACUGAAUGUGGAGUUGAGGCAGAGAUUGAUGAAGGACAUCAUCACUCAGAUCAUGACAGAGAUGAUUUUGAGCUUGAUCAUCCUGUAGAGGAACAGAACAUUGUAGAAAACAGGGAAAACAGCAUGGUUUUUUAUGUUAAUGAGGGUUCUGGUGGAGGAGGAAAGGGGGCAGAUGACAUUAGUGUUUGUUCUAUGUGUGAUGGUGGCAAAGAAACUGUGUAUGGUGAAAAUUACAAGCUUGAUUUGGGCAUAGGGAAAGGGCAAGAAGAACCAACUAGAGAGGAAACUUUGAAUGUCCCUCGGGAUGAUCAACCUUGUGAGGAGACCACUCAUCAAGUUUCUUGCACUAGUGAGAACACUGAGCAGAUUCCACCCAAACAUUUGGAAUUUGUCAUUCAUGGUAAUGAUUGCUUUUUGAUUCCUGUUGAAUUUGGUGACUCCUUUGCUACAAAAAGUGAAAACCAACAUAGAUAUAAGGUGGGGGAUGAUGGGUUUAGUGGGGAUGAAGAUGUUGUUUUGGAUUUUGAUAUAAAUUCUGGUGCAGAGUCUGCACCUGUUAUUGAGAAUUGGCACACUUCCGGGGAUACUGUGUCACUGUUUUCGGAUCCAGGGUGUACAAAGGUGUUCAAGGCCAAUGGAUUUGAGUUAAGAAGUGAACAUUUGGAGCAAAACUACCUAGAUAUGAAAUUUGCUCAAUCAACUGAAGACUCAAGCAUCAAUGGUAAUGUUGAAGCAAACAUGAAAAGAAGAGAUGUGGAAUUAUGUUCAGUUGUACCUCAAGUGUCUGAAGGUGUAACACAAAUGAGGGGUGAUGAAUUAGAAGCAGAAGUCUCAACUCAAGAUCAAGAUAUUCUUGAGGAUUCGAGUCAACAAAUACAAGAAGUCCCACCUUCUAGCUCUACUACUUUUACUAUCCAAGAUGAUAGUGAGAAUCUGCAUCAGCUACGCAAGAGGCUACAACUGCUUGGAAGGAAAGAAUCAGGAACAGAAGAAUCAUUAGAAGGAAGUGUCAUGUGUGAUAUAGAAUGUGGUGAGUUAACAAUUGAGAAGUUGAAAUCAGCACUGAAAGCUGAAAGGGAGGCCUUAAAUGUUGUAUAUGCAGAACUAGAAGAAGAGAGGAGUGCAUCUGCAAUAGCAGCAAAUCAAACAAUGGCAGUGAUAAAUAGGCUUCAGGAAGAGAAAGCAGCAAUGCAGAUGGAAGCUUUGCAGUAUGAGAGAAUGAUGGAAGAACAAUCUGAGUAUGACCAGGAAGCUUUGCAGCUUUUGAAUGACCUUAUGGUAAAGAGGGAGAAAGAGAAACUUGAGCUAGAAAAGGAGGUUGAAAUAUAUAGAAAAAAGGUUCAUGAAUAUGAGGUUAGAGAAAUGGUGAUGUCAAGAAGAGAAAGUCAUAUGAGAAGCAGAACUUCUCCCUCUUGUAGCAAUGCUUUAGAUAGUGAUGAACUAUCUAUUGAUUUGAGUCGAGACUUAAAGAAAAAAAAUGGUAAUUAUACCCAUCAAGAGUUCAGCAACCAGAAUGCUCAUGAAGAUGCUGUCUUAUAUUUGGAGGAGUCAUUGGAAAACUUUGAGGAAGAGAGGUUAUUAAUUCUAGAACAACUGAAUAUGCUGGAAGAAAAGCUUGUUACAUUGAAUUAUGAAGAAGAGUAUUUUGAUGGUAUUAAAUCAAUAGAACAUCUUUGUGAAGAGAAUGGAAAUGGAUACCAAGACCAUAAUGAUUACAUUGUUCAUGUAAAUGGAUUAGCAAAUGCUAAGCAUCAAGAUGGAAGGAAAACCAAGUGUACAAAAGCAGAAAACGGGGUCAUGAGUAAUGGGUUAGAUUUUACUUCCUUGCAAAAUAGUUCAGAUGAAAAUGUCCAAUUAGAGAAGAAAAAACUUGAUGUAAAAGUAGAGGUGGACCAUGUUUAUGAGAGACUACAAGCUCUAGAGGCAGAUAGAGAGUUUUUAAAGCACUGUAUCAGCUCCUUGGGGAAAGGGGACAAGGGAUUAGAUCUUAUUCAAGAAAUUUUACAACAUCUUCGUGAUCUUAGGAAUGUGGAACUCAGAAUCAUGAACAUGGGAGAUAUUUCUGUGUAAGAACUCUACUCAAUUAUGCCAAAAAGAUCAUUGUUAUCAUAUGUUAUGUUGGAGUUGAUGUACAAAUUGCAAAUCAAGCAUACACAAGCACCACUUUUGUCCCUACAUAGAUAUGGACAGCGGACAUAUCAAUGCAUUACAUCAACUUAACCUAACAAUUGAAAGUUCCUUGAUGGAAAGUGAAGAAUCAUGGUAUGGUCAAGUUACCACAAUGGUCAUAAACAAAACUGACUUUUGUGGUAUGUGUGCAUCAUUACAUUUAUGGAAAAAUGAUGGUAAAAUAUAUAGUUAUUGUACAUGCCUAGGUGAAGCCACCCUGGCACUUGUAUUUUGUGAGAAAUCCAACUAAGAUUCUGGGGCCAGGUACCAAGAUUUAGUUUAUUAGACAGACAGAAUGAGGGCCACUAGUUUUGUCAUUUUUUUAACCUUUUGGGGGGAAGAGAGAAUAGAAUAAAGAGGUGAAUAGCCUCUUCCUUUUCUCUUUCUCAUCUUUUUGCAUUAUUGCAUCCAAGAGGUUUGUUUGUUUCUAAGCGGAAAAGGAUGAGUCACUUCACUCACUUGUGUACACUAAAGUAAAUGUAUAAUGUAUUCAUUUGUAAUCAUAUAAAAGUUAGUGUUUGUUUA